CAGCCUCAUCAUCGACACCAUCAGCAAAUGGGAGGAGCGCGCGAGGAGCGCAGGCACCCCGGUGUGUUAGAGGGCCUCACCGCGCUGCAGAUGAAGCAGAUGAAGCAUGCCAGGCGACAGCGAGACAAAGCCAGGUGACCAAGCCGAAAAUGAGAGCAAUAAUCGGCAGCCUUUCCUCAUUGGUGUGGCUGGUGGGACAGCCAGCGGCAAGUCGUCGGUGUGCAGCAAGAUCAUGGAAAUGCUGGGGCAGAACGAGAUCGACCACCACCAGCGGCAAGUGGCCAUCCUCAGCCAGGACUGCUUCUACAGGGUCCUCACCCCUGAGCAGAAGGCCAAGGCAAUCAAGGGCCAGUUCAACUUCGACCACCCAGAUGCAUUUGACAACGACCUCAUAAUCGCGACCCUGUGGGACAUCAAGGAGGGAAAAACAGUACACAUCCCUGUUUAUGACUUUGUUUCCCAUUCCAGGAAGGAAGAGACAGUGACAUUGUACCCUGCUGAUGUGGUGCUGUUUGAGGGCAUCCUGAUGUUCUAUUCUCAGGAGAUCCGAGACCUCUUCCAAAUGAAGCUGUUUGUGGACACAGACGCAGAUACACGUCUAUCACGAAGAGUGCUGCGUGAUAUAAGUGAACGUGGACGGGACUUGGAAAGCGUUCUAGCACAGUACAUUACUUUUGUCAAGCCUGCAUUUGAGGAGUUCUGUCUGCCAACGAAGAAAUAUGCGGAUGUGAUCAUACCAAGAGGAGCUGACAACCUUGUUGCUAUAAAUCUCAUAGUUCAACACAUCCAGGAUAUUCUAAAUGGUGGUUUGACCAAACGGCUGAGCGGGUGGUUUAAUGGUUAUGGAACGACAAAGAAGCAGCCAAACAUGGAGUCCAGCAGUCGGCCCCACUGAGCGCAGCGCCCCCCCGAGGAGAGGAAGGAGGGCUCCCCUGUACGUGGAGAAUGUGCUCUACAUUGUGGCUAACGAGGCAAGAAUAAUUGCCAGGAAAUCCAGAGGCCUCCUUUUUGAUAUGAUUUCUGCUUGGACUGAGGAGAUUAACGAGAAUGGAAGCCAUUCCUUUUGUCGAGCUGGUUUAAGGCAGUUGCAUUCAGUUACAUAUUUCUCUUUUAGCUUGUAUACUGUAUGAGAUAGAAGGGGGAGAAAUACAAAGGGGCUAACUUGUAAUUUCAUUUAAAAUUGCUGCUUGCCUUUACCACAGCACUGAAACGGAGAAGCUAACUAAAGAAGCAGUUAUGGUGUCUAAAAAAAAAAAAAAAAAAAAAAUUUCCGAACACUUGACAGCCUUUAACCAUACAAUAAAUGCAGUGUAGCAACAUGCUGUUUAAUGGCAGGGCCUUACCCUAUCUCACUACCAUUAAAAGGUGCACCGUCUGAACUAAUUCCCUUUAUCAAUGCAACUUGACAUCAAGCUCUACAUAAAGCAUAUUUUGAUUUAUACAAAUAGAUUUUGAAACAAUGUACUAAUGGAUUGAGAUUGCUGAUGUUUGUGUCACGUUUCCCCAAGCUGCACUUGCUUUGUCAUGUGUAAAUAUAACAAAGUGAAAUUAGUUAUUAGUCAAAUUGAACAACCGAUUCCCACCUCAAAUUAUCUGAUGUAUGACAUCAUCACCAAAGAUAAUUUUCCGUACUGUACUGGACUAAAUGUGUAAUAAUUGAUUUUUAUUUUAAUGAUACUGACAUCACUGCAACACAUUUAAUAAGAUGUCGGUAACAUAAAGAACAGCGAAUUAUGUUAUGGAAUUACCACAGAGUAUAAUUUUUAUUUAUUUUUUUUUGAUUCCCUUAAACUUGAAUCCUCAGACGUACAUGUAUGCAAGUUUCAUUUAAAAGAAGUAAACCUACACACUGAAAAUGGUGUUAGUAAAUGCAUUGAGCUGUGAAAUACCAUUAAGUACAAGAUACCCAAUGUAAAUGUGUUCUGUAAAUGUUUAAUGGAGUUUUCAUCCUGUAUACAUUUUUCUUAUGAUAAAGUUCUCAGGUGCUCUUUUUUUUUUUUUUUGCUUGAGUUGACACAUCUGUCACUUCCAAAUUCUUGCAUUUGAUUUAAAAAUAGAGAUAUCUAUCUAUUUCUGGUUUAGUCGAGAUCUAAUAUGUUUUUAAAGACACUGUUCUGUUUCAAUCUACACAUUAAGAGAAAACCGCCACAUGCUGCUUGUUGCCGUAUUCUAGAUACCCAGAAGAGGUCGAGCAUUUCACUUGCUCUUAAGUUACAAACACUGCGGAGCAGCACCGCGGCAGUCAGGGCUGUAGCUGACUUCUGAGGACACGGAUGUCCUUUAGUGAAGUUUACAAUCUGCAGUUUAAAAAAACAUGUUGGGUAGCCUACUUUAUAUGCUCAAAGGCCUUUUCACAGACCACAUUUUGACAUGUCGCAGUAGGAAAAGCACAGGUGUAAACAAUCAAGUGGAUGAUGGCUUCUUCAGUUUCAAGGUCGUGGUAUUGUUCAUGCAGGCUCGCUGUCGCGGCUCACUGCGACGCUUGACUGGAACAAAGCCGUCGUUACUUAUUGGUGACACCUGUGCUUUUCCUACUGUUGCUGCAGUCACGCAAUGGCAGCAGAAUGGGAAGAACAGAAAAAAAACCACCUGUUGUUCCGACUUGGGAGUGUUCGCACAUUAUUCCAAUAUGGUUAGCCCCACUGCUAACGUUGUAGCUACACCAAAUAAACAGCCUAAAUUAG